AUGUGGCUACGCCUGUUCGGCAAUGGCAAAAGUGGCCACAAGACUUAUGAAAGGGAUUAUAUCUAUAAGGGUGUCUUCUGGGACACGAGAAGUGUGAUCGAGCAAGACUUCUCUCUGCUUCCUGUCUCCAAAGAUAUGCUCUAUCGUGACCUGCUUGAACUUACUUCGUUUGGUGCGGAGAAGCAGAUUUCAGAUGAGGAUGAAGGUGAAGCAACAUGA